CUCUUCCUAAAAAAAUGAGAUAACAACUUUUACCUUCAAGUCCCCUUGGCCAUCAAUAGUUCAGAUUGAUAUAUACUGACUGGCUGGAAGAGUCAGUUUCACAAGGAUCACCCCUGCUGUGCAACAUGCAAGGACCCAUGUUCAUUAUAUUAAUGAGGGCUGUGACAGCAUCAUAGCAGCCACGCUGGCUGCCUGACAUCACCACCAGGGCAUUGGCAGGCUGGACGCUGGCCAACACAGACGUUGAUCUAAUCCAGAGAGUUACAAAACCACAUGGCGAUGCAGAGUGGAGAAGUCCUUGAUACAGCACAGAGUUUUACCAGGACGACUUUUCCGUAGAUGUAGAGCCAGUAGGAAGUUAAGGAUUAUAAGAGGAUUUCUCUCUCACAAUUGGUGGUGAUUCGUUGCCUAACAGAAUUACAAAACUGCUACAUACAGGGAGUAAGACUGGGGUUACUACAAGGCUUACAGUGCUACACCAGAGGAUCUACAACAGUGAAGUUUUCCCAGGAUGGCUUUCCUGGACCGGGAGCGGCUACGGGAGAAGCUUGAGGAGACUCUGCAGCGGAGCCGGGACGACUCGGACCGCCAGCUGGACACACUGCUCGGGGAGGUGCGAGGAAUUCAAACCUGGAUACAGGACACCUUCGACCAGCUGGAGCUGCUGAGUGUAACCGUGGAGGACGAAGCUUCGCAGGGGGUCUCAGGCAUCACCAACCACAGACAACAUCUCCAGAGGCUGCAGCACACGAUCCGUGAGCACAAGAUCCCUGUACAGAUCACCCUGCAGAAGGGGAAGCGCCACCUGGACCGGGAGCCCGACCUCUCGCUCCAGACGGACCUGAAGAACAUCCAGUACUUCUGGGACCUCCUGCAGGGGAAGGUGGCCGGCCUACAGGAGUUGGUGGGGGAGGGGAGCACAGCCCCACCCCUGGGGACAGGACACGGUCAUCCCCACUCUGGGGGAGAAGGUGGGACCAUGUGUGACAACCGGCAGACAGGCAGGGAACAAGACAACAGGUUUCCAAAAUCUGGCUUCCAGAGACCCAGUCACAGGAGGAUCGUCGAGAGGAGCACACAAGGACUGAUUGCAGCAGUAGAGAAGCUUCAGCGUCGAACGGAUGAACUGACAAGUUCUGCAAAUUCCCGUCAGACAACCUUAGGGACCCAGCAGACAACCUUGACAACCAUGAACCAGAGUAAUCCGAUCUCCAUCAGCCAUGGCGGGUGUCGCCCGGACAACCUGGCCAGGGAGCUGUCCUCGUCGGACGAGAGUCUCAAUGAACUCAUGAUUGACGUGAACGAGUACAUGGCUUCACUGGUGGAGCUGGAGAAUAGCUCCUUGGAUGAUGACGGUUAUGGUUCCUUUGGGAAGAAGGGACUUGAGUUUUACAAUGGAAGCGAAUCUGCAGAGAAUUCAACUCAAGAGUCUCCUAGAGUCGCCAACAAAGGAGCGUGUGGUUUUAGCAGUGAGGACGACCUGGAUGAAGCUUUGAGUUCUUUGGAAGAUCUUCACAUGAGCUGGGAGUGUCUCUCCUCCUCGCCCCCCUCCCUCCCCAUCUUCUACUGCCUCCCGCAGCCCAAGCACUCCACUCCAAGGGCCGAGACGCAAGAUGUGCCUCAAGAACAUCCCCAAGUCUCCAAGACUCUUGGAGAAGAUGAAAAGGGAGCUAAAGGGAAGGAGGAAAAGGCAAAGGAGGGAAAGAGUGCCAGGGAGGAGGAGACAGCUGUCGGCACAUCUCUUUCAACAUUUAAGGUCACGGAUUCGCUUCCUGAAGCCAUAAAGGAACAGUUUGAGGCCUUUGCAGAGGACUUAAAGAUGCUGGGCGAGUUCCUUGAGAACAUGACCGAGCAAGCAGCCGCCUUCCAGACACCCGGGGAGGAUCUGGUCAGCCUUCAAGUCUUCUUGGAGAAACACCUGGCAUUUAAGAUGCAGAUUGACACCAACGCUGUCCUGCGCAGUGCUGUGGUGAAGGAGGGGCAUCAUCUGGCCGGGUCGCUCCACACACAGAGGCCUGCCCUGGAGGCCGUCCUGCACACAAUAGAGGAGCGGUGGGCUCAGCUGGUCAGGGCAGUCAACCAGCAGCACCGCGCCAUCAGCCUGGCGCUCGAGUCCUUCCGAAUGGACCUCACCGCGCCACGUGGUGAUGGCGCAAACGGAGAGGAUCUGAAGGAGGCGGUUGCCAUGGAGACGGCCCAGGAUGCCAUGGAGGAGAUGUCACUGAAGCUGUCAGGGUCAGGGGUCAGCGACAGUCCCACGGACAUCAAGGUCAACUCUGUGGUGAGGUUCCACCUGGAGGAGCUGGCAGAGGAGAGCUGGGAUCUGCUGAGCUUGUCCCCCGAGGACGGCCUGCUCCUGUCCCCCCAUGGUUCCCCCCCGGGGGCAGGGGCGCACAGCUACGAGCUGUCAGACUUCCACACACAGCACCAGGAGCUGGCGGAGUGGCUGGGGGAGAUUGAGGGUGUCCUCACCGACAGGGACGACCUCAUGAUGUCUGAGGAGCAGAUCAAACAUCUCUGUAAGAGCUAUGAGAUUGAGAUGGGGCUGUACCAGCGCAGGCGAGACACCUUCCUGCAGAAGGGGGAGCGUCUGAAGGCGGCCUACCCCGACCUUUUCUCUGACAUCAGCGACAAGCUCCUCACCAUCACCAAGAAGUGGGACCUUCUGCGGGUGAACCUCGCUCACGAGGGCGGCAUCACGCCACCGGGGGAGAACGAAAUGGUGCUCGCUGCCCUGGAAGCCAGUAUAGAGCACCUGCAGGCCUGGCUAUCUGACAUGGAGGCCAAAAUGUUUGUAAAUGAUAUCUACAACAUCAGUGGGGUGGAGGACCUUGAGGUCAGGCUCAAACAGCACCAGGCCCUCCAGGUGGACAUCGAGGCGCACGCCCCGAGCAUCGCGUCCGUACUGGAGCUGUGUGAGAAGCUGGAGGACGACUGCAACGCCUGCCGGACGUACGAGGAGAAGGAGGCGCUGCAGCUCGCCGCCAUCAACCUGGAGCGGCGCUGGGACGCCAUCUGCAUGCAGGCCAUCGACAUGCAGUGCCGUCUGGAGGAGAGGCUCUGCACAUACAGACAGGGCCUGUACCAGACCACCGUGGGGCGCUACGACCUCUCAUCUUCUGCAUCAACGCUGAGCGAAGUUGCCACAGGGUCGACUGACACGUCCUUGGACCUUGAGGACUUUCCCUCCGACGCCGAUGUCAUCCCCUUCGACGCUGGAGAGUACGAGUCCAUUGUGCAUGGCAGUGCAGAAUUCAGGAAAACUAGGAGGCAGGCUUCUCACAACUUUGAGACUGAAGUUCGGAGAGCGAAACAGAAAGGAGAAAAGGGCCUUUCACACAGUGAUGGGGACGUCAGGCCAAAGAGGAGGAUGCCAAAGAAGUACACAGACCAAAGGCACAGCACUUGCUCAUUAAACCCUUAUAGUGAUGACUCUCUGUUCAGUAGGAACAGGCGUUCAACAAGCGACAUUGGCCCACAGAAGCCCCGUAAACCAAGUAAGGAGCUGUACUUCAACAAACAAACAUCCCAAUCCUCAUCUGUGGCAUCCGCCAUAGUGACAUUGGACUCUGAAGUUCUGUUAGAUGAGGACAACGGUGACAUGAGAGACAACAACUUGUUUGCCACUAUCAAGGGUGUUCUGGUAGACAGGACUAUGUCGCUUGACGAGGGACUCAAUGUUUUAGGGGUUGUCGAGAUUCACACAGUCCCGCAAGCUCUGAAUCUGUCCAAGAGGGAACUAUUCAGCAGGAUUGCCGGCCACCUGAUGAGCUCUGCGCUGCUGACUCAGUCCGACUCAGAACUGCUGAAGGCUCAGGAAGGGAAAAGUAGCAUGGCUUUUCCCCUGGUAGCUUCAGACAAGCUGGAGGCAGGACCAGUUGGGGCCGAGUUUGUGUCACAAGAGGAGGAGAUGUACCACAGCAGGGAGAGCGGGAUAUCCAGUGACCAGGAGGCAUUGUUGAUGUCCCUGGAGGAUGAUCACCCGAAGGAACAAGAUGAGCUGGAGGAAGAUCCAAGCUGGUACCACAGACAAGACACGAAGUCAGGAUCAAAUGCUGAAUUUACGAGGAACUCAGUCCACAAGGAGACAGAGGAGGAGGCAGGCGCUGUAAGGGAUAGUGCGCUUAAGUCUUUAGAGAAUGACUCAUCCACAGACUCUGCCCAGGGCUAUCGCAAGUAUGGCCUGAGUGACAGAACCCUGGAGAUCCUGCAGGAGGUAAUGGAUACAACGAGCCCGUUUGUCUCCAAGCUGAGACAGACAAACGGCAGUAGUAAGAGCGACAGCGCACGAUGCUACGAGGAAGAGGAGUAUGAUGAACGGGAAGACGAUGUCGACGUCGCAAGCCUGCUGCUGAGCUGUUACGAUGAGGAGAAUGCAGCAGACUCCAUGGAGUGGGACAGUGGCAUGAGUAGUUAUGAAUGCACCCCAUUAUCGACACUGGGGUACAGGGAAGAGGACCACAGGAGGAAAGGGGGAAAGUCGGGAAGUCGUCGGAAGGAGGAAAGGCAUGAGGAAGAGAGCUCUGAGGAUGCAUCUUCAGCCUUGUUUGCUACCACAGACGACUGUCCUGCUGAGUAUGCAGUACAGGGGUUUGAUCUGGGAGAGCCAGAAUGCACAGCAGACAGGACAACAAAUGAGUUCCCUGCUGAAGAGCAGUGCAAAAGAUCAGAGGAAGACAGGAAGUACUUUUUCCGGAGAUAUGGCAAUGGUCUUCUUGGGAAUGAGCCCACUUCCUUGGAGUCAAGGGUUUCAGGAUUGGUGGAUACGACACAACAGGGAGGGGACGGAUAUAGUUUCAGCAGCUCUGCAAGGGGGGUGGGAUCAUCCCUUCAUAGUCAGGCUGGGACAUUAAGCACCAGAGGAUGGCAGUUGCAUGAAGAGGAAAUGACCGGUCGUGAUGUUUUAUGGCACCAGGGGGAUGGCCCAGGCAUCAGGCAGCUUCAUCCAUCAGCCAGUCUUAUCGGAGAUGUCGAUUACAGGGGGCCAAUGUCAGGUGUGCCUACAUCCCCAGAUAAGCACUCGGGACACGGCUCCAGAGCAGCGGAAUUUAUCACCGCACCCGGAGAUAACGGCUAUCAUACAGAGGCAGCACGCCAGGUGUCAUUUGUCACCACCGCGACGGGCCAACCGGGAGCGGGGAGUGACAGGGGGACGUCGGGGAGCUCGGGGGACAGUGACAGUGAUGGGAGGAUGACAAAUGGGGCGAGUGGUAAUGGCAGCACACAGUGCCACCGAUCAUUAGUCACCACUAAACACCUCCCGGAGUGUGAAACAGGGGGCAUCCCCACCACCAGAAACGCAGGAGUGGUCAUGCAAAACAUCUAUAACCAGGCCACUGAAGUGGUAACCAGGGGAGAAAUGCUGGACCAGUUUGCCUCGAGCUAUGUCCAGAAGGGACUUGCUGAUGGCUCUGGAAUGGGAACAGGUGAUGGAGAUGCUGGAAAUGGAUGCGAAGUGCUCGCCAACUCUUCAUCCUCGCUAUGUGGACCUGAGGCAGCAGCAGAUUUACGACAUGGUGCUGGACCCACUGACAGCGGAGAUGUGCCAGAUUCUGCAAUAUCAGGCUGGGAAGGCAUCCAGGCCAGCAGCGGCAGAUCAAUACCUUAUCAUUCCUCAAACACACUUUGGACUCAGGAGGGAAUCCUCGGCAAUCACCCACCAGCCUCACCUUCUGCAAAGUUUGAAGAUGAUGAAAUGUUCCGUCGCUUCCAAAGUCUGGAGAGAGAGUUGCUAGCAGAGGAGGACUUUUUGGCCUUACCACCUUACUCCCGUGGAAUCGACGUGGGUUUGAUUGACGUGGAGGAGGAUGACGCCCUACUGAAAGAGGAGGAACACUUCUGGUACCCUCCCUCAGGUACAGAGGCUGACCUAGAGCUCCUGGAGAAAAGGACUUACAAACAGAUUGACGACCUUGCAAGCAGCGGAGCCAUCUUGGAGGAAACAACAAAGAACCUGAAGGAAUUGCUAAAUGGGUUCGGCGGGCAGAGGCCACCGCUGGAUGCGAGUGGAAGUGAUUCUGACGCCUCUACUGUUAAAGAGUCCAAUGAGACAACUACAAUGCUGUCAGGAUCAAAGACUUUCCUCUCAGGAGAAGAGCAUGACUUGAAUGAGGAUGCAUCAUGUGGACCAAACUUCAAAAACAGAACAUCCACACUCCAAACUCCUGCACUGGUAGAAGAAGAAGGGGAAGACUUUGUAUCUCAGCAAAUCAUCACAAAUAGCACUCAUGCGGAAAAAACACUCCAGGUUUCUGACAGCAGCUCACAAGAAUUUCCACCCCCUACAGCCACUCAUGAAGACAGUCAGAACAACAGAUCAAACUUCAUCAGCAACGAAAGUUGCUAUGCGAAAGGGACCAAAUAUUCGGUAGAUGAACAAGUGCAGAUGCCUUGUGCCUUUCCAGAUCAAGAAAUUAAAACAAUAAAUCCAUUUGAUACAGAAUUUGUGGAAACAGCCAAAGACACUAAUGGUCAUUGUCCAGACAGUAAACCAUCAUCAAAACAAGCUGUAAAUGGAGACCUGCCCAUCAGCGAUGCUGGUUGUUUCGGACGGAGAAGGAUUGUCCCUCGUAAGAUCCCACUGCAGUGUUUUGUCAGUCCAAUAGCAACGUUUGCUGCAACACAUCAGGCCAACGGUACCUGUGUCAACCAACGGCAGGUAGAAGUAGUUGUGGACCAUCAUUGCCUUCACUCUGCAGGUAAGGCAGAGGCACUGCAGCACAGUGGUACUGAGACCAAUGGGGUACCACAAAACAACUUUGCCUUUGGAACUGCAGUGGAAACUGAGACUGAUGGUCUUUGCAAUGGCAGACAUGAAGACCAGGAUGACACUGGGAAGGGCCUCAGUCCACCAUCCUAUGACCAGGCUUGUCAAGAAGUUCCAAAUGUAGAGGGACUGCAGCUAAGUAAAGACAGUGGACAGUUUGAGCAUGGUGCAGACUGGCAGGUCAACUCCUCAGUUGUGCCUGCUACCACUAAGAAAGUGGAGCAGGGACAGUUGGGUUCAUUCCAGUCAACUGUAUACAGCAUUGGGAUCCAAAAAGAAGAUUACAGUCCAUCAUAUUCUACCACCAAAGCUGUUACCACCGCACGGGGCAACCACAAUGCCCACAAUGGUUUUUGUGAUGCUGAAGUUGAGUCAGAGCCUCAGCCCACAGAACAGACCACUACCAGCAGUGCCUUUGCAACACAGGGCCAGCCGGGCACCAGUGAGCACAGUAGUUCAGUCGGGGUCAACAGCAAGGUGUACAAUGACCCAAAACUCACUGCUGAGGAUUCUGCUGAACUGGUACGACAGCCAGCAGGUGGGGAGGAGGACAUGCCAGCACUCGGCAAUGCAUCACAGGGUGAGAGGGAACUUUCAUCAACUGCAUUCUCAGCAGCCAGUGUAGUGGACAGCAGACCGGCGCCAUCUCACCUCUCCACUGCUUCACAGACAACCACCCAGCAGAUUUUGCACGGUGGGAGGGGAAGGGCAAUAACAACUACUGACAGCUUGUCCACCAGCGGGGUCAACUGUAGUAAUGUCUCCGAAAUGCCUGAUCAACCAUCUAUGCCAUCCAUGCAGCACCUGGUGACUGACACCUGUCAAUCAAGAGGAUCACAGGCAGGCGGUGAUGUUGGGACAUCAGGGUUUAGCACAGAUGGGAUUCAACUUCUCAGCAAAGAAGCUGGGAAAUGUUCUUCUUCAAAUUCACAGCAUCCCAACGGUACCUUGCCUCAAGGAGAUGCUGUUGCACAAUGCAGGAGUGUCUCAUCACAGACAGGCAUUGGCAGGAACACCUUAGAAGUUGAGGAGCAUGAAGAUGUUGAUUCAAGUGAGCUGUCACAUCAGGCACUGCAGGCUUGUGACUGCCAGGGGAAAGAGUCAGCUGCAGGGUAUGGAGGAGAAACAAGCUCAGACCUUUCCAGAGAUCAAGCUGAAGAAGUUUCUUCGCUGUCUGUUGCGUUGCGUAGUGCUGAGGGUGUAAGCACCUUACGUGGAAAGGAUUUGGAUAACCAGAAUGGUGAAGACAUUGCUUCUUUUGAAGGAGCCAUGUCGUAUACAAAGGAGUCACACACCACUGUGCAAACACUCCAGUCCAGUCAUGGGACUGAGGCUCCCUCCCACAACAGCCAGGCACUCAGCCGCCCCCAGCCACAAAGACUUGCUGGGAGCAAUUUGCAGUUGGGACCCCUAGAUGGGACCCUACCCCCACAGUUAGAUAACAUGUCUGAAGAGACAGCCACCUCCUCAACAAGGUGCCAAGACCAGGUAGGUCAUGGCGCCAAGCCUGAUGAUCUCCUUCUGCCCUGGCAACAUCGCAGUGGGUCAGCAGAAGCAGACUUGUCUACUGGGGGUGUUCCCCAUGCAGAGCCACCAGCCCCCCUCAUCAGGUGCAGGAAACCCAUUGCAGAGCCACCAGCCCACCUCAUCAGGUGCGGGAAACCAGAGCCGGCGGUCCAGCCAACCCACAGACAGCCCACCACCAAACACAUGGCCAUUUGCAGGGCUUCUGAAGGCAGGGUACCCCUGGAGGCUGAUCAGGAGGACAGCAGGUCGUGGCCACGUCUGAAGCGAGUACUGCGAUUGGCCCUCCCGGUCCAGGCCCUUCUGUUCCUUGUGCUUCUAUUGGUUAGCCUCCUGCCACUGAUGUGGGAGCCAGAGUGUUGCACAACUGCGAACAACUUACAUCGCUCCAUCCACCCGACCUUACGCCACAUCAAUGGGCCCUCCCCUACCUAGUCCACCCACGUUGUACGCUCGCCGUACCGCUUGGUUUCAGCGAGACUCAUUAAGGAGCACCACCAGGGAAAUUUGCUCUCCCUCGCCAGAAAUUCCCUCCCCUCUCCCUUAUACUCUGUGUUCACAGUCUGCAGGGUGUGACCAGCAAAGCAAAGAAAAAUGUUAUGAAAUAUGUAUAUAUGCUAAGGUUUCUGCAACUUUUAGAUCUAUGAAAGUGAAGUAGUAUAUGAUGAAAUGUAUAUGCUAUGGGGUUUUAAAAACUUUUAGAUUUGUGAAAGCCAAGAAAAAAUAUGUGUACAUAAACCGAGGUUUUGAUUUUUUGGGGAUGUCCCAGUCCAACUCAAAGUAUGUACAUGUAUAUCAAGGUAAGGUUUUUAAAACAUGUAGAUUUUUGUGGAAAUAGUCGUGAGAUUUUUACUAUUGAAGUGCAACUCAUUAUGAUGAAGUUGUAAGUAUCUAUUUUUAUGGCCAGGGCCUUUUUAUGUGUCCCUUAUAUUUACACUGUAAAUUUAAUGUACAGAAAAAGUGCAACUAUCAGGGUUUUUUUUACUUGCCCUGUAUCCAAAUAUAUUAAUUACAGGACAUGUAGUUGCAGAGUUGUAGUUUUUUUAACUAAAAAUCCCUAUCUAAGUUAAGUUUUCACUAUUUAAGUUAUGUAAGUUUUACAAGAACAGGAUUUUGGAUUUUGAUUUUUGCCAUUUUUACCAACUUUUCAGGUAAGUAUUUAGUAGUGUAAUCUUUGUAUUAUUAGACAACAUCUCUUGCCUUUUAUCAUACCAACAUCUUAAGUAAUGCAAUAAAACUGGUUUUGAACAUA